CAUUUUGUGCUGCUGCGCCGGGUAUUUAUCGCAAGAGUCGUGACUGUUCCGUUUACACUGCUAGUUAGUUGGUCGGACGGUUCCUGCUGUACUCGGUUCUGCAUUAUUAGCCCGUGGCCUUCGACAGAUUUCGCGAAGUGCGAUUUUUUUUGACUCACCAGCGAUAAUUAAUUUUGUAUAUUUAGUUUAUUUUUAUAAGUUAUUGCGUGAGGAAGAAUGUCGGCCCAAAACCCCCAGUACGCUCCGUUCUUCUCGGUGAUGGGUGCCUCUGCGGCUAUGGUGUUCAGCGCCUUGGGAGCGGCCUAUGGCACAUCUAAGAGCGGUACAGGUAUUGCUGCCAUGUCCGUGAUGAGGCCGGAGCUCAUCAUGAAGUCAAUCAUCCCCGUGGUCAUGGCGGGUAUUAUAGCCAUCUAUGGUCUGGUAGUAGCUGUGCUGAUUGCCAACCAAAUCACAGAGGGACUUGACCUUUACAAGGCUUUCCUCCACCUGGGAGCUGGGCUGAGCGUAGGCCUGAGUGGGCUGGCAGCAGGCUUUGCGAUCGGCAUCGUGGGCGACGCAGGCGUGAGGGGAACAGCUCAACAGCCGAGGCUUUUUGUGGGCAUGAUCCUCAUCUUGAUCUUCGCCGAGGUCUUGGGUCUCUACGGUCUCAUCGUCGCCCUCAUUCUCUCCACAAAAUAAGCACCCAACAUCUCCACUACAAGAUAUGUCCUUUAUGUUGCUGCUGGAGGAAAAAAGUGUAAAAUGGGGGGGGGGGAAAUCGGAAAGUUUUGUUUCCACGCAAGAUGAAAGAAGUGAUGGCUGGGGGAAAAAAAUGAAUUGAAAUGGCUCCAUAAAUAUGGUCUUAUCUCAACAAUGUGUACAGUCGUCCCAAUUUGAUAGUCAACUUGUAAAUGCGCAAUGUAGUGAUUUGUCUGUCUCGUGUGUGUGUGCGUAUGUGUGUAUAAAAACAAAUGUAUGAUGAAGAUUCCUUUUUUCCCUCCACUUAUUUCAGGCUUUGAGGCCGGCUGAGGCAGCUCGGCCUCUGGUCUUAGAGAGCUGACCAAAGGGCCACACAGCUUUUUCUCCUCCCAUUGAUUUGGGAGUUGACACAAUGUCCGCAUUAAACUCGAGGAUCUAUUUGUAAAGAGAAAUGUGUAUGGACUAAAGAUUUUUUUUUUCCACUGAUCUUAUUUAUAAGAAAUUGUUCAUUAAGCUGUAUAGUGCAGCAAAAGUCUUUAAUUUCCCCAGGAUAUAUACAUAUAUAUAUACAGACAUACAAAUAUCUAUAUAGAUAGAUUUAAUGCACUGUGGGUUAAUUGUGAUAAGUGGUUGGAAUUCCUCUGGAUGUAAUUCUUGGUUUAAUAAUUAAGAUUGCCUUUAGUAUGUGGCUGGUGGAGUGGGAGUUUUGUGUGUAGCUGUAUUCUAAUCAUUACGCAAACAUUCUCAAACAUCAGUGUUUUUCCUGUAGUACUGCUGUUUGCAUUAAAGGUGUGUGUGCCCCGUGUUGGGUCUCACAAGUGUAAUUUCCACA